AAUGGGAUAUAAGUAGGUGAUCAAUGAAGGGGGAUCAGCUUUUUAGAUAGACAUUGUCAGAUAAGACAUUUAUUUCUUUACCUUCUUAUGCAUUAAUAAUAGAAAAGAGAAUUAUAGGCUACUAAAAAAUGCAACCAGACUCCAGCUCUGAGGUAGACUCAUCCUCCAGCUGCAGCCCGGCAGCGCCUGGCGGGGACACCCCUGGGCGCAGCCUGCGUCCUCCUCCUGACUCGCUUUCAUCAUCAGUGGACAGAGACAAGGAUGGUGACACAUCUGCACCAGCCGUCUUUGUUCCGACUGUGACUGCAAUCUCAACAUCGCCAGAACUGAAGUCGACUGUGAAGCCGACUUCCAUCACAUCUGGCAGCUGUGCAAAAAAGAAAACCAAUGGCGCAAGGCAGCCGUCUUCUCCAACAGGUGCAAAGAGAGCAAAGACGUGCAACAAGAAGGCGCAAAAGGAGCAGUCAUCUAAAGAAGAAGAGGAGAGAAGGAGGAUCAGGAGGGAGAGGAACAAGAUUGCUGCAGCAAAGUGUCGCAACAGACGGAGGGAGCUGAUAGACAGUCUCCAAGCAGAGACUGAUUUGCUGGAAGAGGAAAAGUCUACCAUUCAAACUGAGAUAGCUGACCUGCUGAAGGAGAAAGAGAGGCUGGAGCACAUCUUAGCUGCUCACCAAUCCUCCUGCAAACUGCCAGCCCAAGAUGACUGUGACAAAGGGCAGGAGGAGGAGGAUGUUGAGUCAGUGCUGCAGGGUCCUCCUGCCUCCUCACAGCUGCUCUCCAUCCUGGAGAAUGUAAAACCUCCAGAGAGCAAUCCAGCUGCUGGAGAAGUCCUCACUAUUCAGGAUGCAGACAGUCUUUCUUGUGUCCCGCCUGCUGCAGCAAUCUUGGGGAACUCUAACAUCCUCCUGUGCUCCAGUGCGGAGGAGGAAGCCCUGGAGGACCUCAAGGGAGACGACCUGGAUGAUUUGGUGCCCAGUCUAGAGAUGGCAGCGUCUGUCCCAGACAUAGACCUGAGUGGGCCCUUCUGCCUCCCAGACUGGGAAACUCUCUACAAAUCUGUGGCAAACGACCUUGAGUCUUUGACCACGCCAGUGAUGUCUUCCAGUCCCACCUGUAGCAGCUACCUCACAGUGUUUUCCUUUAGUUGUUCUGAGAUUGAAUCCAUGGCUGAUGGCUGUGAGGGCAUCAAAAGCAGCCUCGGAGGGUCAGAGUUGAUUAAAGAUAGUCUUAACUCCCCAACACUCUUAGCCUUGUGAAUGCAAAUCAUUUAUGCAACAAUAUUCAGUAUUUGUAUUCUAACCAGCUAGCAAGCUAUCUCUCUCAAAUAACUUUUGUAGUGUGAUCUAUGAUGUAUAAGCCUGAAAAUUAAAGGUUGUGCAUACAGAGUGUGUUUUCGGUGACUGUAACAGGGUUCAGUUGUUCCAUUUUGUUUCGACUGUCUGAGUUUACAUUUGUGCUGGAAUCCAAAUGCAUGCAAAAAUCAGAGAAACCAUCUGUAUUCCAAUGCAAACGGUGGUAAAUUGUGUUUCUAAAGAAAUCUACCUGUGAUAUGCAGUUAAUUCACGUUUGAUAUAGCCUAAUAUAUGUGAAUCAGUGCUAUUGUGAAAAUUGAAAAUAAGAGUUACAAAAAUGUAGCAGCGUAUUAGUGUAACAUCUUGCUGUGAGGUGUCCCCGACCUGCCUUGAUAUUCAUCACCAGAGGUUUUCUCCAUAAGCAAAAAAACAAAACAUAAUCAUGUGGAUUUUCUCAAGAUGUACUGUAUUUUAUGGCAUAGUUUAUUUUUUUACUCAUCAAAUAUGAUGCUGAUGCAAAAUUUACGAAUAUUGGUGAAAAUAAAACAUAUUGUUCUCAAUUAAUC